UCUUAAAGGGCCACACGGACGGACGACACUGUGACACCUUGCUCGGCCCACCGUGGACACGAUAUUGACAUGUGCCCACAUGUCAAUAUAGUGUCGUGUACACUUUUGCUGUUUGGGUCACUCCUCAACUGGUGAACAGAGAUUCCCACAGAGUUGCGAUGAACUCCCACAGUGGACCCCGCGAAUCGAACCAGCGGGCGCAAACCGAACUGUGAUGGACGCACCCCGGGUACCGCAGGUGACCAUCACCCCGGACGGGGGCGGCUUCUCUCGGGAGAUGCGGCAGGAGGACUGGGUGGAAGGCGAGAAGGUGGACAGCAGCCUGCGCAGAAAGCUCUCCACCUCCUCCGUCUCCUCCACCGGCUCCUCCGCGGUGGAAUCGGAGGAUGACCUGCUGAGCGACAACGAGAGCAAAAGUAAAGGCAUCAUCACUCUGGAGCCCCUCGUGGACACCGGAGAGAACAAGCCAUGGUGGAAGUUGAAGACCAUCGUGCACUGGCCCUUCAGCGCCGUCCAGAGAAGAAAGCUAAACUGGGUGCAGCUCGCUGGUCAUAAAGGCAACUUUAAAGCGGCAGACGAGGGCAGCAUUCUGAAGAAGUUCUCCGAAAACGAGGUGCAGUGCUUCGAGAGGCUGAAGGGUGACGCCCUGCUGCCGUUCGUGCCCAUUUACCACGGCGUGGUGGAGAGGGACGGGGAGUCUUUCAUCCACAUGGCUGACCUGCUGGUGGCCUUUGAGCUUCCAAAUGUCAUGGACUGCAAGAUGGGAGUGAGAACCUACUUGGAGGAAGAACUGGUUCGAGCGCGGGAGCGGCCCAAGCCGAGGGAGGACCUGUACAAGAAGAUGGUGGCAGUGGACAGCGAAGGCCCGACCCCCCAAGAGCACUUCCAGUGUGGCGUCACCAAGCCUCGCUACAUGCAGUGGAGGGAAAGCCUCAGCUCCAGCAAAACCAUGGGCUUCAGGAUAGACGGCAUUAAGAAAUGCGACGGCACAUGUCGGACCGACUUCAAGAAAACCAGGUCGGAGCAGGAUGUCAUGGAGUUGUUCAAGGAUUUUGUCGGAGGCGACGUCAACAUUAUAAAGUCGUACCUGAGCAGAUUGCUGGAGAUCCAACAGGCGCUGAAAAAGUCAGAGUUCUUCAAGAGGCAUGAGAUCAUCGGCACUUCUCUGCUUUUCAUCCACGACCACACCGGCAACGCUCAGGUGUGGAUUAUCGACUUCGGAAAGACCACGGCGCUGCCCGAGGGCCACGCGUUGAAGCACGACGUCCCCUGGCGAGAGGGCAACCGCGAGGACGGGUACCUUUUGGGCCUGCAAAACCUCAUCCGCACCCUGGAGGCCGUGAGCAGUGAAUGAGGCUGCCUCGGACAUGGGGGGGGGGGGGUCAAAGGUCGCCGGGCAUUUGAUGAGCAAUGAAAGUGGAACAAGAGGUUUUUUUUGGGAAGGAAAGCAGGAGUGUGGACAGAAAUAUUGGGACACCUGGUCAUUGCGCAUCCACUGACAAAACACAAAGUUGGAAGUAUUUUCCUCAACGGCUGUUAAGGCAACUAAGGAGAUUGCGUCGUUGAUUAUUAAAAGUCUGUGGCAAUAAUUUUGCAAGUAUAGUUUACCAACAUCUUAGCUUGGGCUUUCUACAUUGAUCUAAGUGACUCGUUUAUGCAAAUUGCCACAAAGGUCACUCAGCAAACAUUGCGACACUUUCACUUCAGCCUUUCAUAACACAAAAAAUACAAACGUUUGCUGUUCAUUUGAAUAUGUGAAGGGAAUCAACUUUUUUUUUUAAUUCCUUUACUGUAACGGUAAUUUAAUAUUAUGGGCAACAUGAGUUAUGACCGUGACCGUUUGUUUCUACGGAGCUGCAGUGGCGUGCGAAGGGGGGUGGGGGGG